AAGGCAAAAAAAGUCCUUCCGCGGGGCCCGCGGUAAUUUAGACCCGGAGUUGGCCGGCGAACACGCACAGAUGUCCUUCGCCGCCGCUCCACUCCUUUGGGAGUGUAGCGCUGUGCUGUCCCCGCCUUUCCCCAGGCACGCGUCCUCGGCGUAAGUACCUCGCGCCUAGCGGAGAGGGAGGGAGAAGGUCCGCCGAAAGGAAGGAGGCGGACGGGGCUGGAAGAAAGGGAAAAACCUCCCUCGCGAAGUGAGGAGCGUGGCAGCCGUGUUGGAAUCUGCAGAAGAUAUGCCUCUGUCCCUCACUCCGCUGGGGGCUGCGGAAGUGCUCUGAAGGUUGGAGCGGCGGGGAGGCGACAGGUGGACUACCAUUCCCAGAAGGCGACGCGGUGCUGCGCCUACGCUCCCGCGGCACCUGCGCGCCAGGCGUUUUUCAGUUUGCUGCCGCCUAGGGCGAAACUACAGUUCCCAGGUGGCUCCGCGCGAAGCGGCUUGGAAGUGGGCAGCCUGGAAGUCACUCGGGCCACCGAAGCUGGCGGCGUCUCUAGCAGACGGUGCGGGGCCGGACGCCGGGGUCGUGGGGCCCAGCCGGACGCCCAGAGUUUCUGUACCAUUUGGCAUUCCCACCAGCAGUGAAUGAGAGUUCCAGUUGCUCCACCCCCUCGUCAGCAUUUGGUGUUGUCAGUGUUCUGGAUUUGGGGCAUUCUAAAAGAAGCACAAUCUUUGACAUCAGCUCUCCUGGGACCCUCAAGGAACACUAGAGUUCAGAAUGUACUAAGGCAUGGCACCCCUGCAGCCUGCUGGCCCUCUCCUCCAUCUGCUGUUUGCUUUGCCCUGCUGAACCACUCAGUCUGUAGCUCCCGGGACAACACCUGCCUCCUGAGGUUGUCCUGGCUCGGUUUUCCACAGCGAUGGUGGAGAAUUGGACUCCACAGACUCACAACCUUUCUGUUAGGCUUCAGGAGCCAGCAUCCUUCAUCCUGGGACUGGCAGCCCUGAACAAUGGCUGAGGGCCAGAGGACCCCAUAAAGUUACUCUACAGCUUACAGGGGCCAAAGCAUUCCAGUGCCUGUGGACUAUGACCACUUAUCGGCCCAUUCCCAAUGAUGGCAUGGACCUGGCAGCCAGCUGUGGGGUUAGGGGAGCCAAUGUCCUCCCCGGGCCCCAAACAGGAGACUAUGCUCCCGUGGGAUUCUGGGUCCAGAAUGGCAUGCCCCAGCCUGUUGGUGAGAGCCCAGCUACUGCCAUCACCCGCCCCAGUCCCACCACCCCCACAGUGCCCAAGAUGGGCGUGCGUGCAAGAGUGGCUGACUGGCCACCCAAGAGAGAGGCCCUGAGAGAGCAGAACAACCCGAGCCCCUCACAGGACACAGAUGGCACAAAGACCACAAAGGUGGCCCAUUCCAUGAGGAGCAUACAGAAUGGAGAGCCUGCCACCAACACCCCAGCCUCCUCAGGGUCCCGGGCCUUCCACCGACUCUCCAGGAGACGGUCCAAAGAUGUGGAAUUCCAGGAUGGGUGGCCCCGGUCCCCUGGCAGGGCCUUUCUCCCCCUGCGGCAUCGCAGCAGCAGUGAGCUCACCCUCAGCGAGUGUGACCUGGAGGACAUGGGGGAAGCUAAGGGGGGCAGGCUCAUGGGGGCCUUGCCUCUCUUCCGUGAAUAUGGGAGCACCUCCUCUAUCGAUGUGCAGGGCAUGCCUGAGCAAAGCUUCUUUGACAUUCUCAACGAGUUCCGAAACGAGCAGCCGGAGGCCCAGGGCUCCCAGAACCUCACGGAGCUCCUCCAGGCCCAUUCAGGCCCACACCUUCCAUGGAGCAUCAGCGGAGCCAAGGGAGAUCUCCGCCAUGAGCAGCCCACCAGUGACAACCUUCUCCCACUACAGCCCGGGAAGGAGAAGGAGAGGGCCCGCAAGAAGCCUGUGCGGGGCCUGGGCAGUGGGGACACAGUGGACUCGUCCAUCUUCCGGAAGCUGAGGAGCAAUAAACCAGAAGGUGACACUGGCCGGUCCCCAGGGGAGGCAGAGGAAGGACGGAGCCCCCCGGAGGCCAGCAGGCCAUGGGUCUGCCAGAAGAGUUUCGCCCAUUUUGAUGUGCAAAGCAUGCUGUUCGACCUCCAUGAGGCGGCUGCCAACAGGGUGUCCUCGGCCCAGAGGCGGAACACCACCACUGGGGCCUCAGCCGCCUCAGCCAUGGAGUCCCUCACAGUGUCGCGGGCCCAUGGCCUUGGGGGCCUGGACCCGGCCUUCACCAGCAUGGAGGACUUGAACUACAAGGAGAACCUGGAGCAGGACCUGGGCGAUGACAACAGCAACGACCUGCUGCUCAGCUGCCCACACUUCCGCAAUGAGAUCGGUGGCGAGUGUGAGCGCAAUGUGAGCUUCUCCCGGGCCUCAGCCGCCUCCCUGGGUGGGAGCGAGUGCCGCCUGGCUGAGCCCAGCCCCAGCACCUACCGCACCAACGCCAGCAUCUCUGUGCUGGAGGUGCCCAAGGAGCAACAGAGGACGCAGAGUCGCCCGCAGCAGUACAGCAUCGAGCAUGUGGACCUGGGCGCCCGCUACUACCAGGACUACUUCGUGGGCAAAGAGCAUGCCAAUUACUUUGGUGUGGAUGACAAGCUAGGGCCAGUGGCUGUGAGCAUCAAACGAGAGAAGCUGGAGGACCACAAGGACCAUGGGCCUCAGUACCAGUAUAGGAUCAUCUUCCGGACCCGAGAGCUCAUCACCCUGCGGGGCUCCAUCCUGGAGGAUGCCACACCCACAGCCACUAAGCAUGGGACCGGGCGGGGCCUACCCCUGAAGGAUGCCCUGGAGUAUGUCAUUCCUGAGCUUAACAUCCACUGCCUGCGGCUGGCUCUCAACACUCCCAAGGUGACGGAGCAGCUGCUGAAGCUCGACGAGCAAGGGCUCUGCCGGAAACACAAAGUGGGGAUCCUCUACUGCAGGGCAGGCCAGAGCUCGGAGGAGGAGAUGUACAACAACGAGGAUGCCGGCCCCGCCUUUGAAGAGUUCCUCUCCCUGUUGGGUGAGAAGGUCUGCCUGAAGGGGUUCACCAAGUAUGCUGCCCAGCUGGACGUCAAGACUGACUCCACGGGAACCCACUCCCUCUACACAACGUACCAGGACUAUGAGAUCAUGUUCCAUGUCUCCACUCUGCUCCCUUAUACCCCCAACAACAGGCAGCAGCUUCUACGGAAGAGGCACAUAGGAAACGACAUUGUGACCAUCAUCUUCCAGGAGCCGGGGGCACUGCCUUUCACCCCCAAGAACAUCCGCUCACACUUUCAGCAUGUCUUUAUCAUUAUCCGAGCCCACAACCCCUGCACUGACAAUGUUGGCUACAGUAUGGCUGUGACCCGAUCCAAAGAUGCUCCUCCUUUUGGUCCCCCCAUCCCCAGUGGAACCACAUUCCGAAAAUCUGAUGUCUUCAGAGACUUCUUGUUGGCCAAGGUGAUUAAUGCAGAGAAUGCUGCACACAAGUCCGACAAGUUCCACACUAUGGCCACCAGGACCCGCCAAGAGUACCUCAAGGAUCUGGCAGAAAACUGUAUCUCCAACACACCCAUCGAUUCCACUGGCAAAUUCAACCUCAUCUCCCUGACCUCCAAGAAGAAGGAGAAGACCAAAGCUCGGGCGGGCGCUGAGCAGCACAGCUCGGGGGCCAUCGCCUGGAGGGUGGCGGCUCAGGACUAUGGCCAGGGGAUGGAAAUCGACUGCAUUUUGGGCAUUUCCAACGAGUUUGUGGUUCUCCUGGACCUACACACCAAGGAGGUGGUAUUCAACUGCUACUGCGGGGAUGUCAUUGGCUGGACCCCAGACUCCUCAACACUAAAAAUCUUCUAUGGGCGAGGGGACCACAUCUUCCUGCGGACCACAGAGGGCUCUGUGGAGGACAUAAGGGACAUUGUCCAGAGACUGAAGGUGAUGACCAACGGCUGGGAGACGGUGGACAUGACUCUGCGGCGGAAUGGGCUUGGGCAGCUGGGCUUCCACGUGAAGUACGACGGGACUGUGGCUGAGGUAGAAGACUAUGGGUUUGCCUGGCAGGCUGGCCUCCGGCAAGGCAGCCGGCUGGUGGAGAUCUGCAAGGUGGCUGUGGUCACACUGACCCACGACCAGAUGAUCGACCUGCUGCGCACCUCCGUCACCGUCAAGGUGGUCAUCAUCCCACCCUUCGAGGAUGGCACACCCCGGAGGGGGUGGCCAGAGACCUACGACAUGAAUACCUCAGAGCCCAAGCCUGAGCAGGACAGCAUGCCCUCUGGGGGCCGGCCCCCCUACCGCAGCAAUGCUCCCUGGCAGUGGAGUGGGCCAGCCUCCCACAACUCUCUACCAGCCUCCAAGUGGGCCACUCCUGCUACCCCCGGCCACCCUCAGUCCCUGAGCCGGCCCCCAAAGCAGACCCCCAUGGUCCCCUUUCGGGAGUCCCAGCCCCUGCACAGCAAGAGGCCUGUUAGCUUCCCAGAAACCCCUUACACAGCAUCACCAGCAGGGGUCGACAAAGCCCCUCCCUACCGACAACCUUCUGGGAGCUUCUCCACCCCAGGCUCGGCCACCUAUGCAAGAUACAAGCCAUCCCCAGAAAGGUACGUGGCUGCCCCACACCCACUGCUCUCUUUCGAUCCCCACUUUGGCCACGACGGGACAUCCAGCGGGGACUCCUCCUCAGGUGGACUGACCAGCCAGGAGAGCACGAUGGAGCGCCAGAAGCCAGAGCCUUUGUGGCAUGUGCCCGCCCAGGCCCGGCUCUCAGCCCUGGCUGGAACCAGUGGGAGCAAGCACGCCUCCAGGCAGGAUGCAGCAGGCAAAGACUCCCCCAACAGGCAUUCCAAAGGAGAGCCUCAGUACUCCAGUCAUUCCAGCAGCAAUACCCUGUCCAGCAACGCCUCCAGCAGCCACAGUGAUGACCGCUGGUUUGACCCCCUGGACCCUCUGGAGCCAGAGCAAGACCCCCUCUCCAAGGGCGGCUCCAGUGACAGCGGCAUUGACACCACCCUCUACACCUCCAGUCCCAGCUGCAUGUCACUGGCCAAGGCACCUCGGCCGGCCAAGCCACACAAGUCACCAGGAAGUAUUGGCCUUUGUGGGGGUGGGCGUGAGUCCACUGGCCAUUCCCACCAUGCAGACAGGCGAAGGGAGGUCUCGCCUGCUCCUGUGGUUGCUGCCCAGAGCCAGGCCUACCGACCGAAGCUGUACAACUCAGGCUCCAGCACCCCUACAGGCCUGACCGGGGGCAGUCGCAACCCACCAAGGCAGACCAGUGACAUGAACUCAAGGGCUGGGUACCCUGCUCAAGUUUACAAAACUACCAGUGCAGAGACUCCUCAACCUUCACAGCUGGCCCAGUCCAGCUCCUUCCAGCUCUCUGCCUCCGUCCCCAAGUCCUUCUUCUCCAAGCAGCCUGUGGGGAAUAAACACCCAACAGGGUGGAAGAGAACAGAUGAGCCCCCGCCACGGCCACUUCCCUUCACUGACCCAAAGAAGCAGGUGGACACCAAUACGAAAAACGUCUUUGGGCAGCCACGGUUGAGAGCAUCCCUCCGCGACCUCCGCUCCCCACGGAAGAACUAUAAGUCCACCAUCGAGGAUGACCUGAAGAAGCUCAUCAUCAUGGACAACCUGGCGCCAGACCAGGAGAGAGAUGCAGGAGUACGAAGUGGGCUGCGAGGGAGGGUGAGGGCAGAGAACCUACCUCCCACGGCCACUCCAGCCUCUUCCUGCAGGUCCUUGGCCUUUGACCCCUGCUGGCCCCGUUUGGGUGUAUGUGGCUUUGUGGCAGGGAUUCGGGCCAUCACAUCAUCAGUCAGGCCAAAGGCACGGUGUAAACCAGCCUGGUGGGCAGGCAGGGAUUUGUUCCACACUAGAGGACCUCACGUGACAGGGAAGUUCUCAGAGGCCUCAUGGAGCCCAACCUCAGGCACUAAAAGUGGAGGCAGGGUUCCCAGGGACCAAAACCGCAGUUGUCCUUGGUCCCUCUACACCCCCCAUUGUCCCCGCCUACCCCUGACUGGUCUUGCUCUCGGGCAUGCACUCUCUUGCGGGGAUGGAGAGGGCUCCUUCCCAUCUCAGCACCAGCUCCAGCAUCUUGACGUCACCGUGGAUCCGUCUCUGUCGUACACCCACAUCCCCUUUCAGGAAAUACUGUUGCUUCACCUACAAGAGAGAUAUAACAAUAUAUUAAUUUCUUUGUUUCUCCCACGUUAUCAUACGUACCCACCUCCCUAUCUCUGUUCUCCCCACCCAGCCACCAUCUCAGCCUCUGAGCUCUCACUGGCUGAUGGACGGGACCGGCCACUUCGACGCCUAGACCCUGGGAUGAUGCCACUGCCUGACACAGCUGCUGGCCUUGAGUGGUCCAGCCUGGUAAAUGCAGCCAAGGCGUACGAAGUGCAAAGAGCCGUGUCACUCUUCUCUCUCAAUGACCCAGCUCUGAGCCCGGACAUGCCACCUGCACACAGUCCUGUCCACAGCCACCUGAGCCUGGAGAGAGGACCCCCAACCCCCAGGACCACCCCUACCAUGAGCGAGGAGCCACCCCUGGAUCUGACAGGCAAGGUGUACCAGCUGGAAGUAAUGCUGAAACAGCUGCACACGGACCUCCAGAAGGUAAGCCCCGCCACUCCACUGCCCAGACACUCGGGGGCCAGCAAUGCUGAGGUACCUGUCCCCCCACCCCUGCAAAUCUAGGGGAGGCCACCCAUCUUUGAAUGGAGUCAUGAGUAAAGAAUAAAACGUGACACUACCGAAGGCUGGUGAACACAGAGAAAUCACACGUUCUUGGAGGAAGAAUAAAUUAGUCUAACCUUUUGGGGGCAAGAAAAGUAAUUAUGUACCAUGUUGACCCAGCAAUUCCACUUGUGGGAAUUUUCCCAGCAGGAUCUCAAGCAUGGGCACAGAGACCUGUGAGUGAAGGUGUUCAUGCUGCACUGUUGGCAGAAUAAAAAAUGGGAGCCAGGCCCAGCUGGCAUGGCUCAGUGGUUGAGCAUCGACCUAUGAACUAAUUUUUUCCCCCUAAUGGGAGCCAGUGUAGCCAUCCCUGCACAGGUCAGUGCUGAUGGACGUGACAGGUCACCCAGGCAGCAGGUAUUCUGCAGCCAAUUAAAAUAGUCACAUAAAACUAUAUAUUUACUAAUAUACAAAAGAAAUCCAAUAACUUAAGUAACAAACUAAGCAAGCUGCAGAACUGUUUUCUAGAACAACAUCAUACUUGAAAUAAAUGUUUAACGUCCAUGGGUCAGAGGACUACGUAGAAAGCAGCAGUCUGAAUUGUUGUAUUUACCUCCAGGGUAGAAAAAUGAGGAGAAAUAAGGAUGGAGGAUACUUUUCCUUGUUGCUUCCUAUAGUUUGGGGUAAAAGGCAGCAUAUACUGUGAGUCUCAAGCACAGAAAUCACAAGAGCUCUGGUUCAGAUCUCACCCCAGCACCUCAUGUGACCUUGGACGAGUUGCCGCCUCUGGAUGUGAAGGAUCCUGGAAGGGUGUCCCGGGAGAGGCCAUGGAGGCAGCCCUGCGUCCAUACCCAGCUCCCCCUUGCUGUAUGGGGCUGGGUUUCCCAACACCCUGGGUGGCUGAGGGUGAAAUGAGGUGAUA